CCGGUUUACCCGGUAUCACAGACGCUCUGACCUGUAUCUAUUUAUGUCGUUAUUUGAAUGUUUAUGACAGAAAUUUUCUUAAAAAACUGCAACGUUUUUAUUUGUAUUCAAUCACUAGUAAAAAUGAACUUCGAAAAGCAACUCCCAUUACAGCUAGAUGCAGUUAGUGAGCAAAUAUUGCAACAAACUCCGCUACAUUAUGCCUGUUACAUUGGUGACGGGCACCUGCUUGACACACUUAUUGGCAAAGUGCUACUUUAUAACAACAAUGGCGAUGCUAGUUCUGCUUGCGUAGGGGCUUUAGUUUCAGAAGAAGAUGCGCUCAAUGGAUGGACACCAGCACACUGGGCAGCUUUUUAUGGACAGGUACUUAAGUCAUAUAUUAUUUAAUAAUUAACCUAAUGAUCUAGCAUAUUUUUGUGUUAAGCUCACUAAUUUAUCACCAACUACUAACAUAGGGUCUGCACUCUUAAAAUUACAGCAUUCCAAAUUCCACUUCCUUUUAUUAUUUGUCCCCCAUGAAAUUUAUUUAGUAAUAAAAUUAUGGAAAUAUCUGAAACAAGGUAUGGUAAAACCUGAACAAAAUGGAUGCAACAAAACAUGUCUGCAAGAACUUUAAACCUUCUGGUUCUGGUAGGGUACGUUGCUGCAUCCAUGUGUACUGGUAAAUGUGCAACGGUUGAGGAAGCGAUGCGGCUAUCCUAAUGGCUCUCAGCGGAUGCCAGGGCACCAUUGAAACUCUCAAUUGAUGUGGAGUCUAUGGCGGCAUUGUCCAGGUGGUUCCAAGCAAUUAUUGUUAGUGGAAAGAAUUAUUGUUUAUAUUGAACUGUGUUACACCGAGGCACAGUGAAGCAUUUGCUAUUGUUCCGGAUUUAACUGCUCAUGGAGUUGUCAGAGGUGAAGUCAGUGUUUAUUGAGUGUUUGGCUCUGAUUAAGCGACCUGGCUUCUGUGGGGUGAGAUACGUGUUAGUUGGGAUGGUCAGCACUAGCCUUGUGACCACUUUAUAUAGUAGGAAUGUUAGGCAGAGCUUUUCUCGUCUGUCUUUGAGGGAGGGGAUGUCAAAUCUUUUUAAGAGGUCAGUGACGAAACCAGGAGUGGUGGAUUUGUAGUCACUUGCAAUGAAGCGCACUGCGUUAUGAUUAUUCACUCCAUCUUGUCCACGUCUUGUUUUAGUUAUGGGUCCCAGAUGAUCGCACCAUAUUCUAGUAGUGGACGGACAAGUGCGGGAUAGGCAUUUCGUUUGCAGGAUGUUGGACAGUGGCGCAGAUUUCUUUGAAUGAAACCAAGUGUGGAGUUGGCUUUUUUUUUUUAUUUUGUUUAUGUGAGGUGACCAUUUCAGAUUAUUCAAGAAGAGAAUUCCAAGGUAUGGAUUAUUUGAUACUUGUUUGAGGAUGGUCUGGUUUAGAGAGUACAUUUAGGUUAAUGUUUUUUUUUCUUAUGAGAUGCUCAUUGUGUGGCAUUUUGGUUUCGUUAAAUUUCAUGCUCAUUUGUCCGCCAAAUUCAUAAGGCACUUCAAAUCUGCUUGGAGGUGGUGGUGGUCAUCGUAGCCGUUAUCUCUCUGUAGACAAGACAGUCAACUGCAAACAGCCUCACUUGGGAUUUUACAGUAUCAGGGAGGGUGUUUAUGUGACACAGGAAGAGAAGAAGACCCAGCACUGUGCCUUGAGGAACUCCUAGGGUGGCUUUGCCUGAUCGGACGCCAUAUACCACUUUUUGCAUGGUCCUUUGUGUUAGGAAUGUUGAGAGCCGGGAGUGAAGGUCUACUUACUUCUUCAGGGAACAAAAAAAAAAGAAACACAAAUAUAAAAAUUAUGACUUAGCUGAAUUGUUGAUUUCGAGAUGUUGUAUUUGAGAGAGGACAGCAGGAUGAAUGAGACGAGGUAGACCAUUAAAUUUUUUAUAAGUCUAUCUAUUUUUAUUGUAAUGGGCAAAUAAUAAAGUGUAUUCUUUGCAAUUUUUUAUUGACCUUGGAUGGUGAGUGCACAAGUGGGGUGCACUUUGGUUCUAUAUUUUUACGGCGCUAUUUUUGGCCAGAGCUUUUUCUCAUGGGGGGGGGGGGGGGGGGGGUUUGGACAAAAAUCUUGGUCUUCCCUAGGUGAAAAUAACUUAACCCUAGUCCUAGAGUUGUGAAAUUUGUUUAUGCUACCUCUGGCUCUGGUCUCAGCACUCUAGCAUAUUAGAAUAAAUAUCAGAAUAUAUUUCUGGACAUAUGAAAAUUCCUUAGUUAUUUGUCAUAAUUUUAUAUUUAUAAAUCUAAUUUUUUUUUUUUUUUAAUGAACAUGGUGUCUAUAGUCUCUGUUCUAACAAUGUCAACCAAUAUGUGUGUGAACUCUCUAUCAACAGUUGAGUUGUUUAAUGAAACUUCAUGUCAAGCCAUAUUUGGGAUUUGACACACCCACUCACAGAUCCAACACAUCUCCUUUGCACUUAGCAGCACAGUCAGGUGCAGUGUUGUGUCUUAAGUGGCUGUUACAGUGUGGGGCUUCUAGAAACAAACAGGUUAGAAAAUCAUUUAUUUAUGGACAGGGAUUAAACUUAAAAGGGUCUUCUGUGUGUAAGUGUAUGCCUUAGUGUAACAACCAUUAAAUACAAGUUGUUUUGUUAGAAUAAGAGUUACCAUUACAUUACAUAUUUUCUCGACACCAAUGGCAGCAACCUCAAGGCUCAAUCAUUUUUUGGUUUAAUUUUGCUAUUCCUACAAGAGGAAUUUUUUUUUUAAGACAUUUUGACUGAAGUCAGUUAUUUACAAAUGUAAGCUUAGGAUUCCAACUAAAUUUUUUGUUUUUCACAUUGUGGGGGGUGACAUACUUUAUAAUUAUUUGAUAAUUUUAGGCACAAAGUUUUUAAAAUUUAUUUCAAAUACAUUUGCGAUUUAUUUGUAGGAUUUUAUGGGGGAAACACCUCUUCAUAAAGCUGCUAAAGCUGGAAAUACAGACUGUGUGGCUAUGUUGGUAAGCCAUGGUGCAUCUCUUGAGUAAGUUCAAUUCAAUGAUUUCCAAGUAUAUUUUCAAACCAUCUCUGCCAGCCUCCAGGGUUGUAAACAUAAGAUUUUUUUGUUUAGUAAAAUUGCAUGCAUGUGCAAGUGUGUGAACAAUGCUAAUAAUUUUCUAUGCUGAAGCCAAAAAGCCUGUGCUAUUUCCACCAUUUUAAACAGAUGUGAUUGUUGUUGUUUCAAAAUGAUAGGUUGAACAUUUAGUUUAGAAAUCUAUAGAUUUAUAUCUUACAAGCCUUGCAUAUUGUUAAUUUAAAGAUGAGGAUUUACUUAUUUGAUUCAAAUCGCUUCAAAGGCUCACAAUUUUCACUUCACAAAUUGAACCAACUAUAGUUAUGGUAAAAUUGAUUCAAUAAUAAAUGAUCUAAAACAAAUUAUCUCUCAUUUUCAGUAUGAAAAAUCAUAGAGGACUUAUCCCAGCAGAACUAGCGGAACAGUAUAAUCACUUUGCUUUGGCUCAGUACUUGAAGGGUGCUUUAGAGUACGCAGAAAGAGGGUCUCAAGGUAAAACCCAUUGCGAUCCAUUACCUAUAACUGACUGGAACAACCGCAACACUAAUCCUAACAGCAGUGUGCAGCCUUCCCCUUACAGCUACACAACCCAGCCUAAGUUUUCAGAAGGACACAACCCCACUCAUUCGCAUAAUAUAUUCAUGAAUGGUGAGGGAAUAUACACCAACUUUACAAAAGAUUCUGUUGAAAUGGAAGAGAGCGAGUCAGAGAUGGCUGAAACAAGUCCUGAUUUUGGCAGCAGUGACAACAUUGCCUUGGACAAAAUGUUUGGUGGAAUGAAGAGAUCUUUCGAUUAUGAUUCAGAUGAUGGAAGUUCCCACAUUAAUAAACGGCGAUGUUAUGGUAAGUAGUCCUACCUAUUUAUGGGAAACUUGCAUUUUAGGAAAUUAUUUCUUUUUAAAAUAAAUUAAUAUUUUUCAAAGAGUAAUUCUUGAUUUUUGCUCUAGAGUUACAGAACAGAAAUAAAUAUAAUUUAAAAAGGUAAUGCUGUUCUUGAUAUCCAUGUAUCCUUAUUGCUUUUCUUUUAUCUCAGUGCCGGCAUCACAGAAAUGCCACAAGGAAAGAUAUGGGGAUGCAUAUAACAACAACAUUAUAUCUUCUUAUAAUGCCGUUCUUGCCAUGAAAGUAGAGCCACUAACAGAAAAAAAUAAUACAGGUGAAUAUGAACCUUAAUUGUCAUUUAAUUUUAAAAUCUUUUUGAAGUCAUUGCAUGAUGCACAAGUGAUUUAAUCGCACUCAGUUGUGUUUGAGAUAUACCAAAAUAACUUCUAGGAAAUAACCAAAGAAAACAUUCAUUAGAAUUGGUGAAGUCACAUUAAACUGUUGAAGUCCUGAGAGAUCAGGAAAAAAAAUGUCAACUGUUAUUUGGUGUCACAGAGCAUUCGACAUGGGGGGUGUGGGGCUCCUUCAGAUUCAUGCACUUAUCAUAUUUGGCAUCAGUUUGAUAAAAUACCGUUUGAUAAUAUAAAAUUUACAUUAAAACCACCUAUUUUAUUAACAUCAAAUAAUUGGAAAGCAUUUGCUUUAUACUGAGUAGGUGUAUCUGCAAAUCGGUGGAACACUAGUCCCAAUCUUUCAAUUUAACAUGUUACAUCAUAUAUUUAUUAUAUUUACUGGAAGGUUGAUACAGCAUAUUAUUGUGUUGAUCUCUUGCACAGUUACAUCAGCUUACAAACCAGGCAGUCCUGUGGCACCACAGUCUUCAUUAAUGGAACAUCAGGCUUCUGUGGAUGCUCAGCAAGGUUAUGACAGUGCUUUCAUGACAACAGUAACAAGUGCCUUCCAUUGAACCUUCCUUAAGGGGGUGACCAAUGGUUAUCUCAACAUCAAUUGGUGACAUUUUUUUUUUCAUUUUUUAUUUUUUUCAAAAUAUAUUGGUGUCAUAUUGCUCUAAGUAGUCU